CAGACGGAUGGACUCCAAAUAGAUCUGGCAGCACGGCUAAGUCCCUCCCCGCCUGUGGUCGAAGCCGGAGUGGGCGGGCUGAGGGGGGAUGUGGCCCUUUACCCAGCCACACCAGGACUAGCAGCAGGAUAUAAAUGGUGGCCUGUGAGCAGCAGGCAUCAGCAGAGCAUCCUACAAGACAAGAGCAACCAGCAAAACCGGCUUCUACCAUGAAGGCACUCGCCCUAAUGACUUUGCUGGCACUGGUGCCCCUAUGCCUAUGCCAUGGAGCCUCAGAUCAUUCCAACAGCGCUAACGACUCGCCCAGCUCUGAAGCAUUCGUCUCCAAACAGGACAGUGCUGAGAUGGGGAGGAGACACAAACGGAACUACGUCUACAACAGGUUCUAUGAUAUCAUCGACCCUCUCGAGGGCAAACGUGAGAUCUGUGAGCUCACUCCCGACUGCGACGAGUUGGCUGACCACAUUGGAUUCCAGGAGGCUUACCGAAGAUACUACGGGGCGGUCUAGAGCUUCCUGGCCCAGAGAUCCACCCAAGUCCAUCCCAGCGCGGAGGAGAGAGAAAGAGGAAUUGAUACCCAAGCACAGCGGGGAGCAGAGAGAUCUUCUGCCACAAGCUGAUUUUUGUAACUGUGUGUUAAACGUACAAGCUUUAUGUUCCCUAAGCUGCUAGCCCAGCCCUGCUCCUUGUUCUGAGCCCAGAGCACUUGCGCUUGUAUCUAUAAUGCUUUACUGGCUGUUUCCUUUACGGGCCAAUGCGUCAUGCUGGUUUUAUGCAAUGGAAUGUUUCUUUAAUGAUGUGAGAAAAUAAACGUGAGGAAUGGU